GAAUGAAGGAAGUAAAAUUUGCUUUUAUAUUUUAACCACAACCCUAAUCCUAAUCCACUUUCUCUUUCUCCCUCACAACAAAACAUUCAUUCUCUCUUCUCUUCUCUCCUAGGGUUUCUUCUUCGAUCCAAAUUUUUCACAGACGAACGUCUCUUCUAGGGUUUUCCAAUCGCAAUGCCGCUUCCUGCGAAACCAACGAGGCCACUACAUGAAACCGGCAGAGAUUCAGAUGAAUCGUCGACCCCUUCAAACAACCUAUGGGUUGGAAAUCUAACGCCGGACGUUAGAGAUUCCGAUCUGAUGGAUCUAUUCGCUCAAUACGGCGCUCUCGAUAGCGUUACCUCUUAUUCCGCUCGCAGUUACGCUUUCGUGUUCUUCAAACGUAUCGAAGAUGCAAAAGCCGCUAAAAACGCUCUUCAAGGAUUCUCUUUUCGAGGCAAUUCAUUGAAAAUUGAAUUUGCUAGACCGGCAAGGCCAUGUAAACAACUUUGGGUCGGUGGCAUUAGCCCAGCUGUUACAAAGGAAGACUUGGAAGCUGACUUCCGUAAAUUUGGUAAAAUUGAGGAUUACAAGUUCAUCAGAGAAAGAAAUACUGCAUGUGUUGAAUUUUUCAAUUUGGACGAUGCUAUUCAGGCAAUGAAAAUCAUGAAUGGAAAACGUAUCGGUGGGGAAAAUAUUCGUGUCGACUUCCUCCGGUCAAAUUCUACAAAAAAAGAACAAUUGCUUGAUUAUGGGCAGUUUCAAGGAAAAAGCUCGGGGCCUACUGAUUCCUAUUCUGGACAAAAAAGGCCACUGAAUUCACAGCCUCUAAUGGGGAGGAAGGGUGAUGGUCAACCCAGUAAUAUUUUGUGGAUCGGUUAUCCUCCCAAUGUUCAGAUUGAUGAGCAAAUGCUCCACAAUGCCAUGAUUCUAUUUGGUGAAAUUGAGAGAAUAAAGAGUUUUCCUUCAAGGAAUUAUUCAUUUGUUGAAUUUAGAAGUGUUGAUGAAGCCCGACGUGCAAAAGAGGGCCUUCAAGGACGCCUCUUCAAUGAUCCUCGCAUAACAAUUAAUUUUUCAAACGGUGACCAGGCGCAUGGCAAAGAUUACCCUGGCUUUUAUCCUGGAAGUAAUGGGCCAAGACCUGAUUUAUUCCUAAAUGAGCACUCAUAUCGACCGUUACAAAUGGAUUUAUUCGGUCAUAAUCGUCCUAUGGUUCCGAAUAAUUUUCCUGGCCAUUUGCCAACUGGCGGUAUUGUUGGUCCAAACAUACAAAUGCGGCCUUUUGGUCCUCAAAGUGGUCAUGAAUCUAUUGUUUCUGGCCCUGAGUUUAAUGAGAAUAGUACAAUACACAAAUUUCAGGAUGGUAGCUCGGCAAAUAAGAAUGGUCCAAACUGGAAAAGACCAUCUCCUCCUGCACCAGGGUUGCUUUCUUCUCCUGUACCAGGUGCUAGGCUUCCUGCAAGAUCAGCCUCUGGUGCAUGGGAUGUACUUGACAUAAACCAUAACCCUAGAGAUUCUAAGCGCUCUAGGAUAGAUGGUGCAUUACCUAAUGAUGAUCCUUAUGGUGGAAGGGGCAUCCUUGGACCAGCAAAAGGAGUACCGGGUUCUGUCCAACCUGGUGGUCUUGAUCAUAUAUGGCGUGGACUUAUUGCUAAAGGAGGAACGCCUGUUUGUCGUGCUAGAUGCGUGCCUGUUGGGAAAGGGAUCGGGACAGAGCUUCCUGAAGUUGUUGAUUGCUCAGCUAGAACGGGAUUGGACACACUUGAAAAACACUAUGCUGAAGCUAUUGAUUUUGAGAUUGUUUUCUUUCUGCCUGAUAGUGAAGAGGAUUUUGCUUCAUACACUGAAUUCCUACGCUACCUUGGUGCAAAAUAUCGUGCCGGUGUUGCCAAGUUUAUUGAUGGUACAACUUUAUUCUUGGUACCUCCUUCUGAUUUCCUGACAAAAGUUUUGAAAGUCACUGGACCUGAACGUCUAUAUGGCGUUGUUCUCAAGUUUGCACCAGUACCAAGUGGUGCCCCCGUGCACCAACCACCGCAUUUGCCUGCACCGUCAAAUCAAUAUAUGCAACAGAGGCCUCCUUCACAGGCUGAAUAUGAUAUGAAUCCUGCAAAGGAGGAACAAGUUUUGCCCAUGGAUUACAACAGAAUGUUGCAUGAGGAUUCUAAGCUUCCUGCUAAACAAGUAUAUCCACCUACAGGUGGGCCUCCUUCAGUUCAGGCUGCAGCUCCGGAUUAUGCUCCAAACACUGCUGCUUCUGGGUCUCAAUCUAGAGUUGCACUGACUCCUGAGCUUAUUGCGACUUUAGCUACUUUUCUUCCUACGAAUGCACAAUCAUCUGCUACUGAUGGUGCCAUGUCAGCUGUAGGCUCCUCAACUGCGAAGCCUCCAUUCCCUCAUGUGGCACCUAAUGAUGCGAACCAAUCUCAAUUAUGGAAACAGGAUCAUCAAAUUGCAGAUCAAUCCAUUCAUCCACCUCAGCAGUUUAGGAAUAUGUAUAACAGUCAUAAUGCUCAUUAUCAACCUUAUCCGCCAGCAUCAGCUCCUGGUCACACAGCUCAAGUCUUUUCUGGCAGUUCUCAUAUUCAAGACAAUGCUGUUAGCCAGCAACAGCAAGGAGUUGUUUCAUCCAGACACAUGUCUAAUUUUGUGACACCUAAUCAAAGUGGACAGGUAGCUGCAUCCUCCCAUUUCAGUCAUCAGUAUCAGGCGGAUGUUCCCCCCAAUACUCAGAAAGGCUAUGGUGUGGUGCCGGGAAGUGAUUCCUCUGUUUUAUACAAUUCUCAGGCUUUUCAGCAACCUAAUAGUAACUCCCAGCUUUUCCAGCAACCCAAUAAUUCUAUUGCCUUAUCUAGUCAAGUUAACAGUGCUAAUCCUCAGCAUCAACCUGCCAUGCAAUAUGCUGCAGACCAAAUAAACUCAAACCCUCACAUUCAGCAGAAUCCUGCCUUUGGAGCUGCUCAAGGCACCCCAGAAUUAGACUCUGAUAAGAACCAGAGAUACCAGUCAACAUUACAAUUUGCUGCCAAUCUUCUACUCCAAAUACAGCAGCAGCAGCAGCAGCAAACACAAGGAGGACAUCAACAAUGAGAAUUGUUUUCUGUUUGCAAAAAAUCAUCGUAUCCGAAACUUGUUUAUUUUGUACUCAAUGGUUGCGUAGGCAAUAAUGGCCGUGGUUAGUGAGACGCUUGUAGGACUUGCGACAAAGGUGACGAUGAUAUGACGAAUUGGCGUGGAUUUCUUCUAUAAAUUAUUUUCAUAAAAGGAUCUUUAGUCUCUUCCUUCGUAACAUAUGUUCUAUGUACAAACUAUAAAAUUGUAAGGUUGGAUUUUGAUUUGUCUUCAAUAUGCAUAGCUUUUUUCCUGUUCAAACUUGUAUCUUGCGAAAACGAAUCGCGACCGACUGCGAUUCUCCAAUUGCAUGUUUGAAUUGAAAUUGUAAGGUUGGAUUUUGAUUUUGUUUCUAUUCAAUAUGCAUAAUUUUUUCCCUUUGACAAA